AUGUUCCCUUCCCGCCCUUUCUAUCCCUUUCCGCCUUCCACUUUCUCUCUCUAAAAUACCUAACCUCUCUCAUUCUCUCUCUCUCUCUCUCUCUCUCUCUCUCUCUCUCUCUCUUUCCCAUAAGCUCUUUCAUUAUCUCUAUCAAACACCUUCUCUCUCUCUCUCUCUAAAACGCCUAAUCUCUCUCUCUAAAAACAAUGAGGGGAGGGGUAGUGCAGAUAACAUGGCAUGACGCACAACCAGUGCUAACCCUAGAUUUCCACUCUCUUACUAACCUCCUUGCAACUGGCGGUGCAGACAAAGACAUAAAGCUAUGGGCAUUAGUUCAAAGUGAAGCUCAAAAGAAAGCUCCAACUGCAUGCUACCAAACUAGCCUUCCUCCUCAUCAUAGCACAGCUGUAAAUGUAUUGCGUUUUUCUCCAUCUGGAGAGCAGCUUGCAUCGGGUGCUGAUGGUGGGGAGCUGGCGAUAUGGAAGAUGCAGUCAGAUGAUCGCCAUACCUGGAAAGUAUUGAAGACCUUGUCAUUCCACCGUAAAGAUGUUCUGGACCUGCAGUGGUCAACAGAUGGAGCUUUUCUUCUUUCUGGGUCCGUUGAUAACUCAUGCAUCAUUUGGGAUGUCAAUAAAGGUGCAGUGCACCAAAUUUUGGAUGCUCACUUGCAUUAUGUUCAAGGAGUUGCAUGGGAUCCUUCAGGGCAAUACCUAGCUUCACUGAGUUCAGAUAGAACUUGUCGAAUAUAUUCUAGGAAGCCUCAGAAGAAUAAGGCAAAAGGGCAAGAAAAUCUGAAUUAUGUAUGCCAGCAUGUUGUCUCAAAAGGAGAAUUUCAAAAUUUGGGUGACACGAAGUUAUCAUCGGCAAGGCAUCAUCUGUUUCAUGAUGAGACAUUGCCAUCUUUCUUCCGAAGGCUGGCAUGGUCUCCUGAUGGAUCUUUUCUAUUGGCACCAGCAGGUAUUGACAAGUUAUCUUCAGCUUCACCAACAUGCAACACUGCCUAUGUGUUUUCUAGAAACGACCUUGCGAGACCUGCCUUACAACUUCCAGGUGCCAGUAAGCCUAUUGUGGCUGUACGUUUCUGCCCAAUCAGUUUUACUCUGAGGGGAUCCAACUCAGCUGGUUUUUUCAAGUUGCCAUAUCGAAUUAUUUUUGCUGUGGCCACCUUGAACUCCUUGUACAUCUAUGACACUGAAAGUGUUGCUCCUGUAGCAAUUUUGGCGGGACUUCACUAUGCAGCUAUAACAGACAUUGCAUGGUCUUCCGAUGCCAAGUAUCUGGCCGUGUCUUCUCAAGAUGGGUAUUGCACGAUUUUGGAGUUUGAAAAUGACGAACUGGGAUCCCCAUUAUCUUUAACUGCUGCUACAGAAGCCAAGAUAGUUGCAAAAACAAGCGAAGAAUCACCAGUGCCGAAAACUGAACACAUGCAAGUUGAUGAGAACCGUGUGACUAUUGCUGUCGAGGAAAAGGCGAGAAUACAAAUAUCCAAAGUUGAAGACAAUGAACCCAAGGAAAAGAAUGUAGAAAUUAAGGGCUUGGAGAAACAGGGGGAUCCUAGUAAGCCGGCUAGAAAGCGCAUCACACCAGUUGCGAUCGAGAAGUCAUGAUGCAUGUAGAGGAAGGAUGAGAUAAAGAGGAAGAAAGAGGGAAAGGAAGAGAUGGAGUUGGGGGUUAAAUUGAAUAAAUUGUACAGCUCUUGUAUGUUGAUGUUUUGUUGUCUAUGACCAAUGCAAUUCAUAUAUAUUUUUGGAGCACGCUUCUACCUAGUGAUUGUUUCGUGCAUGCUCAAAAUAGUUGGGCUUCAUCAAGUUCAUGGGGUUGGGUUCUGAUCCACGUCAUGGCCACCAGAAGCCGCGACAAAAAUUGCUGAUCCGAUUCGGAGUUGCCUGAGAUCAUGAUUGUCAACUAGUUGAUUCUAGUUCUAGGAACCAAAAAUUCCCCCCAGUUCCCCAAUUUUCAGCUUCUUGUUUUAAUUUGUUUGUUAGACAGCCCAAUCCAGCUCAGAAAUUGCCUGAGUCAGAAGGGUCAAAUUGGAACCGGACACGUGCAAAUCAGGGCUCAAUUCCAAUUCUUGAAACAUGCAUCAUAAGCAUGAAGGUAUGGGAGGAACAUGUUUAAGGUAUUUUUUGAUGAUUUUUGUGUAGUGGAAGUACGACUCAUUUGCUGGUAUGUAGAUUUUUUUUUAGUUGUACUUGCAUAAGCAAAUAGAUGGGCUAACAAGGUACAUGAACAGAUGUUUUCUUCCUUCACAUCUUUUGUAUAUUUUUCUCAGAAAUUGCAUGACCAAUGGGCAUCCUCUGGGGGAGAAUCAGCCCAAUGAAGGGGAUUAGGUCUUUUCUUGUCUGUUUUAUGAGAUUUUGUUGGACUGGUCGGGGUCUUUAUGGGGAAUCGACUCUUCUAUUUUGUGA